AUGACAGGCUACGCACCCUCGGGUGUCCUGAAGGCGGCGCCAAAGUCGAUGAAUAUACCUGGUCUCACACUGGCGCAACCAGGCGCUUUCUCGAAUGCGACCAAGGGCCCUCAGAACGGUCAAAUAAACACUGAACAGAAGGCUCGUAAGGGAAUUAAAAGGAAGAGCAAGAGACAUGCCCCAGAGGCGCGAAAACCCCGUUCCCAAUCCCCUCCAAAAGUCCCCAGCAAAGGUUCUGGGGGCGUCCCAGAGCCCACACCAAAAUACCUGGCACAAGCAAAUCUCGCUCCGGAACGUCUGAGUCAACCACGCCGUAUACUUGUAGUCAUUGACUUGAAUGGAACGCUUCUCCACCGUCCCAACAAGAAGCGUCCCUUCGAUUUCACCGAGCGACCUCAUGCGAAGACCUUCCUGGGCUACUGUAUCGAGACUUUUCAUGUUGCCAUUUGGUCCUCAGCCCGCCCCGAAAACGUCGAGAAGAUGGUAGAGAAGCUCCUGACGCCCGAACAGCGUGAGCAAUGCCUUGUUACCUGGGGGCGUGAUUCCUUCAAUCUGUCAAAAGAAGACUACAUGACAAAAGUCCAAGUCUACAAGCGUCUCACAAAGAUAUGGACUGAUCCAAGAGUUAUGGCCGCUCAUCCUCGGGCUUCUGAAGGGGGUCUGUGGGACCAGACCAAUACUAUUCUCGUCGACGACUCGUUUGAGAAGGGCCGCAGCGAGCCUUUCAACACCCUCACGCUUCCUGAAUUCAGCGGGUUGGAUAGAGAGAUCCCUAACGUCUUACCCCAGGUGCACGACUACAUUAAUGAGCUAUCCUAUCAAGUGGAUAUCAGUCGCUUUGUACGACGAUCGCCAUUUCAGCUUAAUUCGAACUAUAUCCUGCCGGAAGAAUGA